CAAGGAGGAGGGACCGUGUUGUGUGCUACGUGCAGAUUUGUUUGCCAAAAUCGUAUAGAAAGGAAUCGACCAGCCAGUUGAGAGACUGCCUUAACACAGAGAAUAGCAUCUAAGGAGAUUUUCGUGUCAAGCUUAAUUGUAGUGGCCAAAACAUUGUUAAAUGCAAGAUCCUCUGUAUUUGUUUUGGUUGGUGAAGUUAAGACUACCGAUCAAUGAUUGUGCGGCGAGAUUGUCUUUCGUAACAGGUAACGGUGAGCAAGUGGCUUUUACUACAACCGGGUCUCAUUUAGAACCCCGUGUAUUUUGAUCUGGUUAGAUAGCAAGCCUUGUCUCCUCAUCCACUGGCAGAGAGCUGAUCAUAAUCGAUUCUCGUGGUUAUCGGGAAGAAAACGGGAGCCGAGAGAGAGAGAGUGGAUAUCCAUGAGCUCCGAGUACCAGCACUACAGUUUCAGAAUGCCGAAUAUAGGGUUCCAGAACCUUCCCCUCAACAUCUACAUCGUGGUGUUUGGCACGGCCAUCUUCGUCUUCAUCCUCAGCCUCCUGUUCUGCUGCUACCUGAUUCGGUUACGGCAUCAGGCACACAAGGAGCUCUAUGCCUACAAACAGGUUAUACAGAAGGAGAAGGUCAAAGAGCUAAAUCUGCAUGAGAUCUGUGCGGUGUGCUUGGAGGAAUUCAAACAGAAAGAUGAACUGGGGAUCUGCCCUUGUAAACAUGCCUUUCAUAGGAAGUGCCUCAUUAAAUGGCUGGAGGUGAGGAAGGUGUGCCCGCUGUGCAACAUGCCCGUCUUACAGCUGGCGCAGCAGCAGGGCAGUCCUGAGCCGCAGGGCCCCAUGCAGCAGCCUCUACCGGGGGUGGAGAACCUGGUGUAGCGCCGCCACUGCCAGCGCUGCCAACGCCGCCGCCACCACCACCACCACCCCUCCCCGCUGCGCCGCGCACCGCCCCCCCCUCGCCCCCCCUGAGGCGCUGCCUCACCUGACCCCGCCCACACACUCUCGCCCACUCACCUGUACAGGUACACGUGCACACAGCCCGGGACAGACGGAGGACAACACCUGUGUCUCUACGCAGUGCCAUCCCCGCUGCUGAAACCCCACCAUCUGACUCAUCGUCACUCUGCCCAUGUGGGCUCACACACACACACACACACACACACACACACACACACACUAAGGACAAAAGACGAAGAAGAAACAAAAGAGGAAUUCACUAUUUAUGAAUAUUCAUGACUCCAUUUGCGUUUGGUUUCCUUUUCACGUCUCCCCCCUGUUCUCUCUGCGGCUGGCCGAGUGGUGGUCACUCUGACUGUUUCACAACCAAAGCACUUUUCUGGGGACACCAGCACAAGAAGACAAACAGAAAACGAAAACAACAAAAGAACAAAACUGCAGACUUCAAAACUACAUAUUAAAAAUGGAAAACGGCUGCAUUUUCAAUGAACGUUUUUUUAACAAGCACUUUAUGAGAACUCAACCUUAAUUGCUUGUGAAGGUAGUAGCAAGGUCAUAUUUUAUAUUUUAUUACAAUUGAUUAAUUGUAUUACUUUUUUUCUUUUAUUUUCCUUUAGUUAUUGUGUACAGAGUCACAUCAGUUUGGUUUUGGUUAGGUGGGACAUUGAUUUAAAAGAAGCAAGGAAGCAAAGAGACGUUUUUAUCAACAUGUUAUUGAUCAACUGAAAGGGACACUAACCUCCCAAUGGAUACUUGCAGAGGGCAGGACGUACAGUAGGAUUCAGAACACUUAUUGGUGGUCUCAUACACAAAUACACACACACACACACACACAGAAUAUUUGCAGAAUACAGAAGGAAAAGUUGGAACAGUUGAUGUGUGUGUGUGUGUGUAUUUGCGAAUGCAAAGUUUUAGGCCAGGAUGACCCUGACCAGACAGACCAUGUGAAUGUGAAUGUGAAGUAUUUAGGAGAGACAGCUGGUCAGCAGGUCGCGGGUUGACCCCAGAUGUAACGUUACACUAACAUGCCUGGGCUGACCCCCGCAGCCUGGUGUGUGUUUAUGUGUGAGUGGACAUGUAUCUCAUGUGAAGGAUGUGCUACGUGCUAACACUGAGCACAAACUGACCCAAGCUGCCUUUGGGCUGCUCAGCCCUGGCCCCAUACGCUGAGUUCUGGAGCUAAGGCGCAUGUGUGGGAAGGCCCUCUCUUCUGGACAGAGCAGAGCAGUGCAGCAGGACUCAGAGCAGUGCAGUGCAGCAGGACUCAUGGCUGUCUGGAGCCUGGACAUGUUUGGGUAUAGAGCAUCUCUAAAGACUUCCUGUGAGAGGCCCAAUAGGAAGAGCCGUACCCUGAUGUGUGUGGUGCUACAGUAAUAGCAGCCAGUCACGGAACCUCCCCCCUCCCUCUUACGCAACCCGUAGAACAGCCACAGGGUCAGCCGAGGUGUGUGACAGAAAGAUCAUGUCAAAACAACACGCGUUGUGUCAUCUGGCUCUUGAUUUCAGGGAGAAAUGGGGAAAAUUGCUGGUGCUGUGUAGCCUGGCUAACGCCUUCCACUUCUCAAAUGAGACGUGGUCUGGCAACCAGACGUUCAUUUUCUCGUAUUUGAAAAAAUGCCCAGAUCCGUUCAUUGGGCGCCACGGAUGUCAAUCAAAUGCGUCUCUGCAUAGCUCAUCAUGGUCUUGCUUUCUCCCCUGUUCUGUGAUUGGCCACCAACAUCAGGCGAAAAUGGGGGCGUUAGUUUCCAGACUGCCUAAGCAGCGUGAAAGAAAUCACCGCGCAAGGCAGUAUGGGAAACCCAGGCUAGGUGCUAUGGACAUGUCACUCCAAUACUCCAAUAUCAGCCUCUUGUCCCCCAGCAUCAGGAUCACUCCAAUACUCCAAUAUCAGCCUCUUGUCUCCCAGCAUCAGGAUCAUCCUGGAGCAGCCUGGCAGGUUCUGUCUCAGCCAAUGUUCUCUGCUCUUCUGCUACACCUCUAUUUGAUAUCACACUAACUCCUGCAUGCGACCUUUGAACUGGGGGCUUGUUACUCCUGACAUGUAGUAUGCCAUAUCUUGUCAGAAAGUGGCACAGCCUAGACUGACGCAACAGCCCAUGGGUCACAACACAGAUCUCCACCUUCUAAAAUAAAACAAAAUGUCACCUGACAGGUGAUCCCUGUAUGGGGCUGUGGUCAGUUCAAAGCUGAUGGCGUCCCCAGGAGGACUUGUUUUAGACACAAGACCGAUUGUAGGUGUCAGGCCCUGUGACAUUCCAGCCGAGCUCAGCAUAUCCGCGGGCUGGUGCCGCCCUCCUGGGCCUCUCUGGUGCCGCCCUCCUGGGCCUCUCUGUGUUGGCCCGGCACAAAGGCCCGCGGCCCGGUUCUGAAUGGGCCCUGGCUCAGCCCGCGGGGGCGUGACGUCGGCCCCUCUGUGUGGCCCGGUGCCGAGCCUGUGGAGCCUGCGUGGGGUCAGCAGGUGAGGCAGCGUUUUAAUUCUCCCCAGAGAAUAGCCGCCUCUCGGAGCCCUUAUUCUGGCGCUUUCUCCUCCCCGCUGGGGCUUUGUGUACCUGUACGCCCGGCCCUCCACCCGCGGGGGCCUUUGUGCUGGCCUCUCGUUACGGCCGCCUCAUUCCCCGCUAGCACAGGGCCGGUGUGGACCACAGAGCAGGCUUUUGGUACGAAGUGUUCAGGUGCUCUUUCCUGUCAUCAGAGCGUCCGAGGGGAGAGGAGGCUAGAUUGUAAUCACCUCUGUGCAUAGUGGCCCGUCAUUUGCCUCUGAAUGAGCAAACAUGAGAUAACGAUAAGAUGACAAGCUUCUCCUUUUAGCGACGCUACGUUACACUUCACUAGUUGACUGGUUUGAAAGUGUGAUCAGUCAUGAUAGGUGGGUUUGUUUUUGUGUGUGUCUUCUCUGAUGUAGAUGCCUUCCUCUAGGCAGGCAUUCUCACUGCCAAACACUGCAUUUAGGUGAGACGGCCCGUCGCUUUAUAUAGCCAGAGCUUAAUGACAGAUCUCUACAGAGAGUCCUUAUAUACUACGCUAAGGUUGAGGAGUAGCAGAAUACCCCUAGGAAAGCCAAACUGUAUCCUCACAAGCUCCAUUGUACUCAUUGACAUGAUUUGUAUGUGACUACAAGAUAAUGUCCUUUCUGUUUUAGGGUGCAGUUUGUGAAUCGGAGCCUUGUGUGUUACUGGUGUAUGUGCUUGUGUCAUGUAUUUUGUCCAUGUUUGUGAAGCAACGUACACUACUGUGGUGGAUUGUGGACGGGGGAAAAUUGUAAACCUAAGAAGACAUGUGAUGGGAUUGUUUGGUACAUUUUCACUUCACUUCCAUUUUCUAACACAACACAUGACAUUUGCCCAAAGUCCCCUGAAGCAAAACCAGGCUUCUGGGAUUUUUUUUUUUGAGAAACCCAGCACAAACUGAAAUCCCAACUGAGUCAUGUGAUCUGAAUUCAAAGUCUUAUUUCUUUUGAGAGUGUCGGUGUGUCACUGAAUGUAUGUUUAGUAAGGUACAACAGGACUGUGAAGGAGAGCAUAAUGUGAAUGGCAUGUGACUGCCACUGGUCUGACUGUACACUGCAUAGAGAUGUGAGCAGGAGUGGAGUAGGAGUGUAUCUGGUUGCUACCUAAAUUUGAUCCAAACUGCUCUAAAACUGACAUUUGGACGUUUGGUAAUUAUGUCCAUUUCCAAUAUCAGUCCUUAAACGGACCAAUUGAUCAUCGUUCCACAAAGCCCAUUUGAUUAGCUUUAAGUACAUACAGCAGCUCCCCAGAUAUCAGUGUGUACCAACAGAACGACAUAUCAUUACCUCAUAAGUGUUUUGUAAGUGGGGCUGCUUGCCAAUCUUUGGUUGUGUGCUAGUGUAGAUAUGAUGGCAAAGUCUUGGAAUUCACGUUGUGUGUCCAUACAAUAUCUAUACCCAUGUUGAGUAUAUUGGAAUUGCCUGCCACAUUCAUAUAAGACAGUGCUUCUUCAUUGCUUCAUAAAGGCCAAACUAGGUUAGCUAGCAAUUUGAAAGUUUGAUGGUUAAUGACUUUAGUGCUUCAUGGAUAACGCCACUCACACCAGGCCUACGUGAUCUAGUCCAGUUCAGAUCUCAGACUGAUAGUUGUGUGACCGCCUUAGUCCUUAACUGUCUCGCUCCAUAUCACACUCAUCACUACUUUACACCGCUGGUGCAGUCGCCCCAGUGUACUGGUGCAUGGAUGACAGCUGUAAUGUACUCAUUGCCAAAUGACUUGAUGGGCAGGAUGAAGUGCUUGAGUUGGCCAUCUCUCCGCAGUCCAGACGAGCCCCGCGGCUCACGGAGAGGCCCCUGCGGCUCCCUCUGGUCGCCGUGACGAUGUCACGUCCGUCACGAUGUCACAUCCGUCACACCUGCCCAGGUGCACGCAGGAGAGAGUAGCAGAGCGUCUGCGCUCAGGUGGAGGGGCUGUGAUGUGAUGAGGAGGUGCGGCGUACGCAACACUGAGACCCCUGAGCGCAGCUCCACCCACUCUGGCCCAGAUCUCAGAGAUCUCAACUCAAGUCUGACAACAGAGUUGGAUAUGUUAGAAGUGAACAACUGCCGAUUUUGGGCCUUAAAUAUUCGUUCACCCUGCCAGCCCUCAGUCACCCUCCCCCACCCUGUUCACCCUCCCCCAUUCGCCACUCCCACCACACACACACACACACACACACACACAAACACAAAUUCUAUCUCUGUACUGCUCCUGUUUACAUAGUGUGUUGUAUAUUUAUUCAGUGUCAAGCUUCACCCCCACUUUUGACUAGUCCUGUGCCCCCCCCCCCCCACCCUGCCCAUGACCCCAACCCUGCCCAUGACCCCCCCUGUGCCCACCCCCCCCCCCCCCCCCCACCCCCAGCCUUUAUGGUCCGUGUCCCACCCGACACUUCCUGCUUGUGUUAACACUGAUUAUGUUUGUGAGCCUCACAGACAUGUUUGUAAAACUAAGAAUUCUGCAGCAGAAUAUUUUGGAGACCUUUGCUGUACAGUAUUUGUAAGCUCUAUUUUUGUAUAUUUAAUUGCUAUUUUGGAGGAAAAUUAAAAAAUGAGAUGCAUUACUUUUUUGCUAAUUUCAUGUUCUUUUCAUUUGAAAAAAAUGUUGCAUGUGGUUGACUUGAACUGUAAAUAAAAUUACCAAUUUUUUUUUGGAAA